CUCGAAGCAAACCAUCUGGCUCACUCUGAUAAUCUCCCUCGGUCGCAGAUCUAAUUUUCUCCAGAAAGAGUGAGAAAAGGCUGAAAAGCUUGUAGGCAAUAAUGGAGAAGAUGAACCAGGCGUUUGAGAAGAUGAAGAUGCUAGUGGGAAUGGAGGUGGAAGACGAACACCAAGCUGCAGCGCUAGAAGAGAACAGCUCCUUAUCCUUCAUGGAAGACUUCAAUCGCAGCUGCACCCUGUCCACAAAACAGAGGUUUAACGGUUUCGCCAUAUGCUUCGUUGCAGGUUUGACUUGUACACUCUUGGUGAAGAAUCAAGAGCAAUGAGUACAACCUUACAGAAUUGGGCUUUUCUCAGGAAAAAAGUCGAGAAGUCAAUGCUGGUUUUCUUCAAUCCCAUCAAGUUUGGAUUAACUUUCACGCUUGGCAAUCUUCUUUCGAUAGGAAGCACAGGAUUUCUCAUAGGCCCUAAGAGGCAAGUGACAAUGAUGCUUGACCCUGUUCGUAUUUAUGCAACGGCCAUAUACCUUGCAAGUAUGAUCAUCGCCUUGUUUUGUGCUCUCUAUGUUCACAACAGAUUGUUGACACUUCUGGCAAUUAUUUUAGAGUUUGGUGCACUAAUCUGGUAUAGCUUGAGCUACAUCCCUUUCGCGAGGUCCAUGGUUUCAAAGGUUAUGGUUUCCUGUCUUGAUACUGAUUUUUAGAGCGAUACACACCAUAUAAAAGAGACCAUGAUGUAUCCAUUCAAGAACUGAACUUCUUAACAUGAUCACCCUAUGUGUCACUUUUGCAAGCUGAUGCACACAGGGAGUCUAGUCCACUCUGAACUGCAGAAUUGAGAUUUGUGUAUGCUGGACUGAGAUUGUGAUCAACUUUACCUAAUUUCCUUAUGGUAAUUCUAUUUCUUGACAUCUGUGUUAUGAGAAGAAACUUGACACGCCUAUGUUAAUAGAAAUUGAGCUGUUAUUGAACUAUGUAGUCUUUUCACCUAGGCCGUUGAACUCCAUUGAAACCAACUUAGCUGUUGUCUUGACAAGGUACAUUUGCUGAAAUUGUGGUGAUCGUUAAUGGAGAUGUAUAUUAUCUGUACUUUUCAGCUUCAA